AUGGACAGCAAGGAAAAUCAAGGGAAUACAGAAAAGAAUGACAAUAUUAGUGACGUGAAGUCGCAAGACAAUUUAGUUAAGUCACGUUAUGGAUGCUUAUGGUUCCAACCAAAUUGGUUGCAAUUCUUCAAUAGUCCAAUCUGGUUAACCUUCAUUAUUGGCUUAUAUCAAUUUUUAUAUCAGGCAGUAUCUGGUUUUAAAGGUAGUACCAUCUCAACAUUAGAGAAAGGAUUUAAUUUAUCAGCAACCGAUAUUAGCGUUAUCACAAUCUUUUUCAAUGUUCCCAAUGCGAUUUGUGGGCUAAUCUUUUCCUUCUUAGCUAUUCAUGGUCAUAAAGGAAAAUGGAUGACUGCAAGUUUACUCAUUGUCGGUAUUGGUUUAUUAACCUAUGCUAUGCCACAUUGGAUUAUUGGUAGUUAUCAAAUUUUAAAUCAUUUAGUCUUUGGUAACAACGACGGUAAUUGUCAUCCUACCGGUACAUCCAACAGCACACUUAAUAGCACGUCCAUACUUAGCUGUAAUAGUUACACUAAAGCUUCGAAUGGAUUAUACUAUUUUGCUUUCGCACUUUCUCAAUUUAUAACUGGUGUUGGUGUUUGUACCUUACGUACAAUCGGUUGGUCGUAUAUUGACGAUAGUGUAAGCCCAACAUCAUCGCCAUUAUACAUGGGAUUUGUUUUAAGCAUGCUUGGCUUAGGACCAGCUAUUGGCUUUGUCCUUGGUGGUCUUGCUGCCAACACAUUUGUUUACUGGCCACGACAACCUCCCGCUGGAUUAAACCCUGACAGUCCACAAUGGUUAGGUGCUUGGUGGCUAGGCUAUGUGGCUUCCGGUAGUUUACUGCUUACCUUAAUUAUUCCUAUGAUAGCGUUCCCUCGCCGCCUACCCAAUUAUGAAAUUUAUAAAGCUGAACGAGAAAAACUAGCAGUGGGUAAAUCUAAAGUCGACCGCGAAUAUGGACGAUCAUUCAAAGAAUUUUUACCGGCCACCAAAGAAAUACUCACUAAUAUCCCGUUUAUGGCAACAGUAGCAAGUGUGGUUAUCAAAAGCAUUAUGCUGUCUGGAUUAGCGACUUUUUUGCCCAAAUAUAUUGAAUCACAGUUUGGUUUAAGGGCUGCGGAUAGUAGUAUAUACGUUGGCAUUAUUAUUAUAUUUGGAUUAUUCGGUGGUAUGGCCGUGGGUGGCGGUGUAAUGAAAGCUAAAAAGAUGGGCGCAGUUUCUAUUGCUAAAUUUACAUUCAUCAUUUCUGUCCUUGGGACCAUUUCUGCUGCGCUCUUUUUCAUGUUUAAAUGUGACAAUGCUAAAAUUGCUGGGAUUCACCGGUCACACACAAACACAAGUAGCCGUAUAAUUAGCAGCUCAAAUUUGAUAUCCGCCUGUAAUCGAGACUGUCAGUGCGGAAUAAAUACUUUCUACCCCAUAUGUGAUUUGGAGAGCAAAAUUACAUACUUCUCACCUUGCCUCGCCGGUUGCCAAUCGAGUCAGCGCAGUGAUACAUAUAAGGAGGUGUACUAUAAUUGCAGUUGUAUUCAGGGCUCAAGGCAAUCCAAUAGAACGUUUGAUGCAAUUAAGAAUUAUUGCCCCCGAAAUUGUAUUAUUUUCAUACCAUUCUUAGUUGUAGUGGGUAUAUUGGUUUUCUUAACCUAUAUCAACUUAAUGCUUGAUACUCAAUUACUUUUGAGAUGCGUACCAGAUAGCCAAAAAUCGUUUGCUCUCUCGAUAGAAUGGGUUUUCAUCCAGCUUAUUGGCACAACUCUGGGCCCGUUGCUAAUUGGUUAUUCUAUUGAUGCUUCUUGUAUACUUUGGAAUGAACAAUGUGGUGAAAAGAAAUUUUGUUGGUUAUAUAAUAACGCAAAUAUGACAAACUGGAUCAGUGGAUUAGCUUCUUUAUUGAGAGGUAUUGCAACUAUCUUCUCCUUCAUCGCGUGGUAUAACCUUAGGAAAGAUGUUAUGAAAGAAAAGAUACCCAUGGAUGUAUCUAACGGAAAUGUUCCAUUAAAAAAUCUUAUUGAUAGCGAAACUACCAAGUCCCACAAACCAUCUGCAUCAAUCAUUUAG